AUGGAAGACACCACUCAGUGGCUGUCUGACGCCAGCGCGGCCAUCCACAUCAGCCUUGUAUCUCCCUCCGAAUCUGGUCUCCAGCAUGUUGCGACCUUUAAUCCCCGACACACAUACUCAAUUUUCGGCGAUGAUGAGAAGAUUUUUGGGUACCAGGACCUCAAAGUCAACCUUCGAUAUCGCGCCAACGACAUGCGACCGCACCUGAACAUUUCAUACAGCAAGAAGUCUGGCACAAUCAACGAACUUGAACCUACAGAUGUUGCAGCUAUCCUUGAUGAGGGCAACCAUCUCCCUAAAAUUGCUUUUGCUAAAGCCAGGGAUUUCGAGGAAAGCUCCAAGCAGCUGAGCGACGAUUGGACACCACCAGGAAAGCUUCACACAACCUUCGACAGUCCAGGGGGCCAAUACGAAAUCUGGUGCGGAAACCUUGCCGACCCCGCUGUCAAGCAGCUCAACAGCCGUUUGCAAAUAUUCGUGCCUCUCUUCAUUGAAGGGGGUACCUAUAUUGGCCAAGACCCUGAUGACGACUCAGCCGAGCUCGACCUGUCCGAUGCUGACCGCUGGACCUUCUUCGGCCUCUACCAAAAGCGCAAGGUGGGAGACAAGACCGCCUAUGUGUUUGUAGGCUACUCGACCAUCUACCGCUUCUACUACUUCCAGCCUCCCACCCCACCGGCAUCACCACGAAGCGACGAUUGGGAAUUGCCCAAUGGCAACAUGGACCUCGGCGAGCUCCCUUGCAGAACAAGACUUUCUCAAUUCAUCAUCCUGCCUCCUUUCCAGGGCAAGGGCAAUGGUGCGCGGCUCUACAAGACUAUUUUCGAGCACUACCACAAGAUCCCACAAACUUACGAGUUCACUGUGGAGGACCCCAACGAGGCAUUCGACGACUUGCGAGACAUAUGUGACCUGCAAUUCCUUCGGAAAAUACCAGAGUUCAACAAUUUGCUAGUCGACACCAAUAUUAAAAUCCCUAAGAAGGGGUUCCUCCCAAAGCUAAUUAUAGGCUUCUCACUCCUUGAAGAGAUUCGACUCCAGGCCAAAAUCGCUCCCCGUCAAUUCGGACGAGUUCUUGAGAUGCAUUUGAUGUCCAAGCUCCCCGUAUCAGUACGACCAACCAUGGCGAUCGAAGAAGAUAAACCGGCUGCGACAAAGGCUGAUCAGCACGAAGCCAAAGUAUGGAGCUUGAUCGUGAAACAGCGACUGUACCGUCACAACAAAGAAAUUCUUUCUCAAAUUGAACCUGCUGAGCGUGUGGAGAAGCUCGAUGACACCCUGCACGGCGUUGGGCUUGAGUAUGCGCGCAUCUUGGCUGCUGUCGAUCGCUCAGACAAGUACGAGGGCCAGACAACAGCUAGCAGUAAGCGAAAGCUUGACGCGGAGGAGAUUGCGGAAGAUUCGAGCAACAAGAAGGCUCGAGUGGAAGAUGCCUGA